CCUCAGGCUGUCAGCUCUCAAAGCUCUGACCGAUCAAGCAUCAAAAGAGGAACAAUUUCGGCAAUGCAACAAGGAGGAGGAUCAAUGGCGGCGUAACCAAAUUCUCAUGAGCCGUUUACACUCCAGGUACUCCAUAAGCCGAAAAUAAGCCACCAAUGGCUCUCCCGGCCCACCUUAGAGCCAUUCCCCGGCACUUUUCCAUCUCACCUCUCAAACAUCACUUCACACCUCAAUCUCUAUCACCAACAAAACAAACCCAAACAAGACGUUUCACCCAAAACCUCUCCCGCCCCCUCCAGAUCUACCGCUCCACCUCCACAGACCCCUACCUCAACCUCUCCAUCGAGCACCACCUCCUCCAACGCUCCCACCCCGACUCAACCAUCCUCUUCCUCUACACCAACCGCCCCAGCGUCAUCAUCGGCCGCAACCAAAACCCCUGGCUCGAAGUCAACCUGCACGCCCUACGUGAGGGCCUGCCCCCGCAACCACCAUCAUCAUCACGAUCAGAAACCCCAGAUGCUAACACCAACACCCCCAUCGCCCUCGUCCGCCGCCGCUCCGGCGGCGGCACCGUCUUCCACGACGCCGGCAACACCAACUACUCGGUGAUCUGCCCGCCGGCCGUCUUCGACCGGGACCGGCACGCCGAGAUGGUGGUGCGCGCGCUGCGCGGGCUGGGCGUGGGCCGGGCCCGCGUCAACGAGCGGCACGAUAUCGUCGUCGACGUGUCUAGUUCCGGCGGGGGCACGUUCAAGGUGUCGGGGUCGGCGUACAAGCUCACGCGCACGCGCUCGCUGCAUCAUGGGACGUGUUUGUUAACGUCGGAAAACUUGGGGCGGGUGUCGAGGUUGUUGAGGUCGCCUGCGGAAGGGUUUGUGAAGGCGCGCGGGGUGGAGAGUGUGAGGAGUGCGAUUCGGAAUGUUGGGGUUGAUGGGGAGGAGUUUGUGGAUGCGGUGGAGGGGGAGUUUCGGAAGAUGUAUGGGAGUGAGGUUGGGAGGGGGGUGGUUGUGGGCGAGGACGAGGCGUUAACGAAUGAGGAGGUCGUGAAGGGGGUGCGGGAGCUGACGUCGCCGGACUGGAUCUUCGGGCAGACGCCGCAGUUUACCUUCUCGACGCAUCCGACUGAGGACGAUCCUCGGGAGCGCCCGGAGGUGACGCAUACAUUGCCGUAUGGAUUCAAAACACAUUUCAACAUCCGCCACGGCGAGAUCCAGUCUGCGGCUCUAGCUGGUCUCGAAUAUCACGACUUUGUCGACGAAACCAGCCAGGACGAGAUCCUGAGUAAUGGCCUGGUCAAGCAGCGCCUACACUACAUCACAGACUGGCGAAGGACGCUCAAGCAAGCCAGCCCGGUGCCCGUUGACGUCGAUGAUGCGGGUGAAUUCCUCAACCACAUGUUUGGGAUCCAGCCACCCGCCGAAAAGGGCGGCGGAGCAGUUGCCCAAGCAGUCGUGCAAACGAUAUCCGAUACCGUCCUCGGCCAAUUCCUCGACGGUAACAUUAUUGAUCUAUAAUACCCCUCUCCAGCCAGCUACUACACAGACACAUA